AUGAUGAGAGAGAAGUUUGUGGCGAAUGCUAUGGAGGCUUUCACUUAUCAUCUCAUGUGGUGCGCGGCCGCUACCUAUUCCCAAAAGUUGGCACCGGAAGGACUGACGGCUACAAUGUUGGGAAUAGUGGGAGGACUACAUUACGGAGUGGGUCGGGCGGCCGGAAGUAUGUUUGGUGGGAGCCUUAUGGCCAUAUUCAACGCCAGAAUCGCCUUUAGGAUAAUGGGUAUCAUAGCCGGAGUGGUGGCACUGGUAUAUACCCUCAUCUACUAUAUAUUCCUACGUAAGGAUGAAAUCAAGUUAUUUAACAAGAAGUCGGGAUUUUCAGCCGAUAAUGAAAACAAUGUGGUGUCGAAAGACAUGGAGAUUAUCGAUAUAAAAACAACGGCGCCCAUUGAUGGCGAACCCACGGCUGCCGACCCGUUAACAGCAGAGGGCGGCGGAGCUGUCGCUGGAAAUGGUGUGCAUUUGAAGCCUAAAGAGCGGUGCGAUAGCGAUGUGUCGAGAAUUUCAGUGAUUUCGGCCACCCUUUCCCUUUCGCAUCCCAUUUGA